AGGGACUUACCUUUCGAUCUCAAUCUCAGUCACUGAUUUUGGGGGAAAAAGAAAAGUAAAGAAAUAGAAAUUCGAAACCCUAGAAAGAGAAAAUGGUUUUCUACUUCAAGGCGCGACCAGAAGACGGAGAUUACACGAUAUUCAUGGGAAUCGAUAAGCACGAGAACGAGGAACUCAUCAAAUACGGCUUCCCAGAAGACAUUUGGUUUCAUGUGGAUAAAAUGUCUUCAGCUCACGUUUAUCUUAGAUUGCCUAAGGGUCGAACCAUUGAGGAUAUACCCGAAGGUGUUCUGGAAGAUUGUGCUCAACUAGUUAAAGCAAAUUCUAUCCAAGGUAAUAAAGUAAAUGAUGUUGAUGUUGUUUACACUCCUUGGCAAAAUCUUAAAAAGACUGCUUCCAUGGAUGUUGGACAAGUUGGAUUUCACAACCCCAGAAUGGUUCGUACUGUAAAAGUGGAAAAGAGAAUAAAUGACAUAAUUAACCAGUUAAACAGGACAAAGGUGGAAAGGCAACCUGAUUUGAAAGCUGAACGAGAGGCAGUCAAUGCGGCUGAAAGAUCAGAGAGAAAACAGCAAUUUAGAGAGAAAAAACGGCAGGAAGAGUUGGAAAGACUCCAGAGGGAGAAACAAGCGGAGUUGAGGAGCUACAAAAACUUGAUGGUAGCUGAGAAGAUGACAUCAAACAAGGAGAUUGCUUCAACUACCAAGUCCCUACAAGAGCUUGAAGAAGACUUCAUGUGAAUCUUGAACAUAUUUCAAUAAAGUUCACUCCUUAAUUUGGUAUGGGUUAUGUAAUUUCGAGGGAAAGAAGGCUAAAAGAGUAUCAAGAUGGGAUUGCCGAGCUGUGAAUUUUGCUAAUGGAAAGUGUGAUUUAUUGUAAAGCCUUGGAACAAUGCUAUGAUGAAAGUUAAUUAUUUUGAUGUAACUCUUACUCUACUUGUAAAAUAAAUAACGUGAAUUAUUUUCUUA